AAGUCGGUAUCACUGUCACGCCACCCACUACAACAAUGUGCCACACUAUCAACAUAACUGACGACAAUAUCCGUGAAGGGAACGAAACAUUUUCUGUGAUUGUUAGCUCCCCCGAUGACCCAGUUGAGUUUAGGAUGUCAACAACAGUGGUUACAAUCAAGGAUAACGAUGAGGUGCUGGUGGAGUUGGAGCAACAGAGCUAUGAAAUUGAUGAGGAUGACAGUAAUGUUGAGUUAAACGCCACCCUUCAAAUCUGCGUGAUUCUUACUGGGGAAAUUGAGACACCUGUUAGUGUCGCAGUAACUUCAGUCAACAGUACAGCAACU